AUGGAGAUUAACGUUCCAAACUUGAAUGUGGAAGAGCUGGCGGCGUACGCUGCUGCCAAGAACCAGGCAGGAGUAUCAGAUGAAGAGAUCCUGCGCGAAAUUACACAAAUGCUUAGAGAGGACGGAUGGAAGGAGGUAGCAAUUAGGCCAACGAUUAAAGCGGUCGCCAAACGAUCGGCCGUCGUGGGAGGAAAGGGCUCACCAAGGCAAGGAGGCUCGCCGAAGGCCAACCAGGAUGCCAUGGCCCAGAUGAUGGAGCUGAUGAAUCGGUUAACAGCCCAGAACCAGGUGCUAACGGAACGGCUCGUGGCACUCGAGCGUAACCAAGCUGAGGGGCGUUCAGAGUCGUCCUAUAGAGCCUUCACGCCUCCCCCAGCAGCAGCCGCAAUCGCCGAGCCAGCUGCGCGCAGGAACAAGUUCCCGCACCCAGAACUAUUUGAUGGAGAUCGAACGAAGAACUUCAAGCCUCGCUCAGAUCGAGCAAUACAGAACCAGAGUAAACGCCACAUUGAAGACCUCUGGAGCUUUAUGGACCAGCAGUUUGACGACCCACACUAG